CCGCUUCCUGUGGGCAAAGGGCAAGCGGAAUGUAAACACGGGAGCAGGGCAGUGGUGCUCAAGUAACUGGCUCCCUCGUCGGUGCUGGGAACCGGAGGAAGAGCAGCAAAAGCAGAGCUAACAAGAUCCACAAAUUCUAUUUGAAUGGCUUCCUUCGGAUGGAAGAGGAAAAUUGGUGAGAAGGUCUCAAAGGUCACUUCCCAGCAGUUUGAAGCUGAAGCUGCCGAUGAAAAGGAUGCAGUUGAGGGUGAUGAAGGGAACGGGCUCCAUGCCACCAAACGCAGGAAAGAAAGUCUCCUGGAAGGCUGUGCCAGGAAAAGCAAGCAGCUGAAGGACGAAGGAGCCAGCCUGGCUGAAAAUAAAAGAUAUCGAGAGGCGAUUCAGAAGUGGGAUGAAGCACUGCAGUUAACCCCAGAUGAUGCUACCCUAUAUGAGAUGAAGUCACAGGUCCUAAUGUCACUUCAUGAAAUGUUCCCUGCAGUUCACGCAGCAGAAAUGGCUGUGCAGAGAAAUCCACAUUCGUGGGAGUCUUGGCAAACUCUGGGGCGUGCUCAGCUUGGAUUAGGAGAGAUAGUGUUGGCAAUUCGAAGUUUUCAAGUAGCCCUUCAUAUCUAUCCAAUGAACCCUGAAAUAUGGAAAGAAGACCUUUCUUGGGCAAGAAAGCUCCAGGAGCAGCAAAAGGUAGCCCAGAGGAUUAAAAAAAAUGAAGCACCAGCGGAAGUCACACAUGUCUCACCCAAGUCCAUUCCCGACUAUGACUUUGAAAGUGACGAGAUUGUUGCUGUUUGCGCAGCUAUUGCUGAGAAACAAAAGCCGGUUUCAGAUAAUAAAACCAUGGUUAUUGUGUCCGCUUCUGGGACCGUGGAGACUGUAAGUGAGAAGGAAGAUGGGGCCACGGCCCCCGAUGGCUCUGUUUUUAUCAAAGCCCGAUGAAGCUUAGCAGGAGCUCCUUGAAUCCACCUGUUUGAUUGCCACAAAGUUUUAGGCAAACAGGCAUUUACUCUGGAGAAACAGGGUCACACUCCUGUUUGUAAAAUCAGAUUUUCAGAUGAGGCAUAUACAAACUAAAGGGUAGGAUUAUUAUAGAGUGUUUGGACUCUGCUUUGAUAAGUUAUGAUUUAAACUUAAGAUUAGAAUUCUGACUACAAUGGUUUUUGAUGAAUAAACUUAAUCCAAAUGUAUGAGUGAAUACAUUUUAAAGACAGAACUUGGAAGUGAAUGCUCCAGUAGUGAAUAACUUGAUGGCCAGUGUUAUUAAAAUAUUGACUUUUUUAUGACAAGGAAGUGGGUGAUUUCUCUCCCUCCAAAAAAAUAUACUGCUAUUACUGUUCACUCCUCUAUUUUUCUUGUUUUAUUAGAGUAACUUCGUCAUGAAGCUUGAGUGUUUUGAUGUUCAUGUUUCUUUCAAAAUUGUCAUUUGGUUAUAGGUAAAUUCUUUGCAAGUUCAGCUGGAAAUGCAUGCAACUGUGUGUGUUCCGGACAUUUUCUGUAGAGACUCUUACAUCGGAUUUAUGCUUGUUUUGACUUUAAAAUUACUAUCACCAUGAUAGUUGCCACCUUCAGUAUUUUAUGGAUGUGGGAAUUACUGAUACAUUGUCAGAAUGAUGGUUUUAAUUUUUUAAUUGUUAAAGUAACCAGUCCUUAACACAAGCGAGCCAUUUUUGAGAUGUGCAUUAUCUAAAUGAAUGGCUCUUAUAGCUUUAUCAUAAAUUGUACGGCAAUGUUGUCCUAGUCAAAAGCAGUAUUUCCUUUAUUUUUAUUUUUAAAAGCUUAAAAACCUUGUCCUGGUCGGUGUAGCUGAGUUGGUUGAGUGUUCUCCCAUGCACCAAGAGGUUGCUGGUUUGGUUCCCAGUCAAGCACAUGCCCAGGUUGUGGGCUUGAUCCCCAGAAGGGUGUGCAGGAGGCAGCCGAUCAAUGUUUCUAUCUCUCCCUUCUCCCUCUCUUUUCCUCUCACUCUAAAAAUCAAUAAAAACAUUAAAAAAAUAAAAAAAGAAUAAAAGCUUAAAAACCUUGAAAAUAA